UUCCUCCAAAACAGAGGAAGUCACAUGACCACUGCACUUCCUGGUUAUUUCAGAGGCGAUUUAACUACAAAGGUCGGCUAAUUUAGUUUCCAUGUGGUCCAUAUGAUGCCCAGUAAUGUCUUUUUUUAACACCAUGAUGGUCCAGGUGUGUCUCGUGGUGCUGCUGUUCGGCGCGGCUCCUCUGGCGGCGGCCCCCGCCGGGAGCACUCACCUGUCGGCGGCCACAGGCAGGUUCUGGCACAUCACGGACCUCCACCUGGACCCCACCUACCACCUGGCCCCAGACCCCACCAAGGUGUGCUACUCCUCCAAAGGAGCCCCCGCCACCCACGCCGGCGUGUUCGGGGACUUCCUGUGUGACUCUCCGUACCGCCUCAUCCAGUCAGCCUUCGCUCACAUGGCGCCGCUCACACAGCCCCAGGACUUCAUCAUAUGGACCGGUGACAGUCCACCUCACGUCCCCGCGGGCGAGCUCUCCACAGACACCGUGAUCCAGGUGAUCAGUAACAUGACCCAGACCAUCAGGCAACACUUCCCCAACCUGACUGUCUAUCCUGCUCUGGGUAACCAUGACUACUGGCCACAGGACCAGAUGCCGAGCUCCACCAACGCCGUCUACCAAGCUGCUGCCCAGCUGUGGAAGCCCUGGCUGCAGCCGCAGGCUCUCCUCACGCUCUCACAAGGUGGUUUCUACUCCCAGCUGGUGAAGCCAGGUCUGCGGGUGCUUAGUCUCAACACCAUCCUCUACUACGGCCCCAACGAAGUCACCAGGAACGUGACGGACCCUGCUGGACAGUUUGAGUGGCUGGAGAAGACUCUGGAGAAGGCUGCUCAGAGUCGGGAGAAGGUUUACAUCAUAGCUCAUGUGCCCGUGGGGUACCUGCCCUUCGCCAGAGCCACCACUGCCGUGCGAGAGAGCCACAACGAGCGGCUGGUCGCCAUCUUCAGGGAGUUCAGUCAUGUCAUCGCGGGACACUUCUACGGCCACACCCACCGCGACAGCAUCAUGGUGCUGCUGGACCAACACGGUAAACCAGUGAAUUCUCUUUUCGUGUCACCGGCUGUCACACCAAUCAAAAACGUUUUGGAGCCCUACUCUAACAACCCGGCUUUCCGCAUGUACUUGUACAACAACAAGGACUACGCGCUGUUGGAUAUCUGGCAGUACUAUUUGAAUCUGACGGAAGCCAACGAGAAACAAAGCUCUGACUGGAGGCUUGAAUACAUCAUGACCGAGGCUUUUGGACUGGCCGACCUGGGACCACAGAGCCUGCUCCAGCUGGGCCUGAGCUUCAGGCUGCCGCAGACCAAAGCCUUCGACGUGUACUUCAGCCACUUCAUGGUGAGCUACAACCGCAGCAUCACCUGCGCAGGAGACUGUAAGCUCAGCCAGGUGUGUGCUGUGCUGUACCUGGACCGGCUGUCCUACUCCAAGUGUGUGUCGGAGGCAGAGUGGUAGCAGGGAGAGGGACC